AGGAUGCUCUGCGUCCCCAUCAAUUCUGGGCAUUGUAAAUCAAUAUGAAAAACCUGGCCGGUGGAGCUCAUGCUGACACCUCAUUUUGAAGUCCUCUGAGCUAUCCUGGUCCUCUUGGCACGAAGGCUCUGUGUUUGUCUUAAUGGGGCUUUCAUAAACCUUGUUCCAGGAAUGAACACAGCUGCCGGAGCACGAAGCACCCCAGGGAACACCCCAGCGUUUUUCCAGAGCAGGAAUGGAGCUGGAAUGAAUGGAGCAGGCUCUUCAGCUGCUUUGUGGGCUUGGUGUGAAGCUGUGAUGUUUAGAAGGGACUGAAGCAUGAACUGCCCCCCUAAUGCAGGUGUGAGUAACAAAGGAGAAGGAGGAAAAAGCUGAUAAUCAAAGAAAAAUAAAACGGCAAAAAGAUCAACCCUCCUCUUCAGGCAGUGUGAGAAAGUACUAAUGGUUAACUCACUCUCAUUGUGGAGUAGAAGGAAAAAAUGCAAUUGCAGAGGGAAAGCGAAGUUUACCUAGCAAAGUGAAUUUGUCGUUCACUCUGGCAGAUUAUUGCUGUUAUUUGCUCUUCACUCUUUGAGGGAUGAAGAGAAAGCACGCAAAUGACCCCGGGCUACGGGCAGAGCCCCCUCCCCGCACACACACACACACAAAGGGGAGGCAAACACAGCCUUUGAAAUUCAGGAGGAUAAUUGAUUCUCUGACGCGUGGAAGCCCACAGGACUCCUGAGGGAGCUCAGGUAUAAAAGGCGGAGAUGCACCUCCCUGGCAGGCAGCGGACACUGGGGGAGGUCCGGGAUUGUCCUCCCGGCUCCGCAUCCUGCCCGGCACCGGCGGCACCGCAGGCACAGCUCCAGAGAAGUUGGAUUGCAACAGGGGAAGGAGCACCUGGGCAGGAGCUGAUCUAGGAAGCGUUUGUUUCCUCCGGGAACGGUGACUCUGAGGGGUGGAAGAUGCUGGAUAAGGCCGCCCUGCUCCUGUUCCUGCAUUUAGUGACGUGCUCCAUCUCCUCUCCUCUCUACCCAGCUCUCAGGUACAGUCCAGGGCCAGUUGCUGGCAAGGCCAUGAGCUUCCAGCUGCAGCACAGCAGCUCACUGCAGAGCCACGGCCCCUUGGCAGAGGAGCAGGAGGAGGCUUUGUUACCAGACCCCACUGAGGAAAGGAUGCAGCGCCACGCUGACGCCAUAUUCACGGACAACUACAGGAAGUUCCUGGGGCAGAUUUCCGCCCGAAAAUUCCUACAGACCAUCAUUGGCAAGAGGCUCGGAGGCAGCGAGAGCAGCCCAGGGGAAGGGGUGCAGGAAUUCCUGACCAGGCGCCAGUCCGACAGCAUCCUGAUGGACAGCCAAUACCAGCAGCAGAUGGUACUGAGGGACUUCCUGGGAGCCAUCCUGCAGAACCAAAGGCCUCAGGACAUCGACAGCAGUCAGCUAGAAGGCUUUCCCAGCGCCCUGGCUAAGCUCAUGUAAAUGCUGCUCCCUUUUCCAUGUCCCCACGCUCUGAAUAAUUCAGAGCUCAUGGACCAAAGUGUACAGUGAAGCCCUUCACAGCAGUGAAGACACUCCCAGAUGUGAGCAGCUGGAAACUGAUGCACACACUCCUCAGAUCUGAUCCAAGGAAUGCAGUGCUGAAGCACUACUUAAUAUACUCCAGUCUUUACAAUUUAACUCCCCUCUUGAAGUACUGCUCUGUACUAAAUCAGAAAAAAAACCACCUCUGUGGUUUGACCUGGAGCUGCUUUACACAGAGACUAAAACAAGAGACACACUUGUAAUCCUGGGGACAUUCUGGCUGCUAAUUAAGGUUUCAAAUCACAAAGUGUAGCAAAAUUUCUGCCAAGUCAUCUUUCUGUUUGAGGGCCUGAUUAAUAAAUAUGAGGCCACCAAAAGGCACCUUUAGGCAGCUUAGUAAAUUGAUUACAGCGUCCUCUAAAUUGAUGCUGAUGGCACAGCCACACACAGCAAGGACCAGGGUGAGGUGAGACAUGAAUCCACGUCUCACGUUCAUUGGAAACACUGCCCUGGGCUGCUGCUGACAUGGAGCCCUGGCAGCAGAAUAAACCCUAAAAGGCUCAGCUAUGGUUACUGCUCAGCCUUGAGGAGUUCAAGCUGAAGUUACAGCUCUGACGGAGCUAAAGGAGAUCCCUGUGCAUCAGAUUGGGCUGUCCCUGUUUCAACUCAGUGUCCAGUGCCAUCCCCUGGCUCUGAACUCCACCGUGGCUACAGGUACAACUGUGAAUGUUCCAAAAAGAGUAAGUUAUUAGCCCAGUGAUCUCAUACAGCUACUUCCUCCCUCUCACCCCCAUCCUUCUGUUGUUUGUGUAAUAAUUAUGUCUUCAGAAAUGUAAAUAACACCAGGAUGGGGUCUGCUUUCCCAUCAGCAGCAGGACAUAAGAGUGGUUCUAAAUAAACCUGUCCAACAGCA